UGGUUUCUUUUCUGCUCUAAAAGAGAACAUCAAUUUUAAAUUGUUUUCAAAAGCAAAAGAAAAACCAACAUGCUAAUUAAAGGAACAAAGUAGUGAUCUAGUGGGGCAUUUUUUGCAGAGCACGAACAACUGGUUGUCUACAGCUCUGAGUAAUUGCCAGUCGACUUUGGAGGAAAAAUAACCUAGCUAGAAAUUAUGGCAGUUUACAAAAGCAGGCUAGGAUUACGUCAUUCUCCAGCAGUAAUGAUGGCCGCCAUGAUGCUCGUGGCGGGCGGAAUCCUGAUCAAUGCAAACUGCGGCGGAGCAGUGGUUCUUGUGAGGAGCAACGUCACCUAUGGCUGCAUUAGUGGCCGAGAGGAGGCGUGUCUCAUUGCAGAGGAUUUGGAGUUGGAGUGGUUGAUGGAGUACAGCUCCCACGUUGCCCGAGUGCUUGGGGCCGCUGGUCAAGACCAUCCUGGUAAAGGUGCUGAAAAAGGGAGUAAUGUACCUUGCAAAAACGGUAACGGUAAUUCAUAUGGAUCUGGUAAGGAGUGCCCCCCCACUCCAAAACCUAAACCAAAUGGGAAAUGUAAGAAUAAGUAUGAGCGUGGUUGCCAUUCGUAAGAGCGGAAAAUAUGAUGGAAUACCCGUUAGGAUAAUCUUCUUAAGAACUAUGUCCAGGUAUCAGUUUUUUUUUUAUUUUUUAUUUUCAAGAAGUGAAAGAAGAAUUUUCUCUCUAGUAGAUGAUUUUUCGUUUCAUUUGCUGGUUUGUGAAAAGAAAGAAUAAAAAUGUUAUCAUACAACAAGCUAUUAGUCGCUGAUCUAGUAGUGGAGUAUGUGUGCUACUGUCGUUCGAAUGUGUUCGAGUUUCUGCGUUUGGACAUUUGUACUACUUUGAUCGUUUGUUAUGUAUUGCGCAAAGUGAAGUUACCGGGUCAGCGGUUCACUUUGACUCGGUGAGUUUGUAGUGA